ACUGCAUCACUCUUUCUGCAGUAUUUGCGUUCAUUCAUUCGACCUUGUGUCUCUCGUUCUCUAUCUUUAUCUCCGGUGACGACAGCGCUUCCUUAGCGAAUACGAUCCAUAAUCACUAUUCACUGCAAUCGCAUCAUCUGGAACGCCAUCUGAACGCCAUAACGACCACACUGUCACCACCGACUACCCAACAUGAUGACUAUUAAGAAUCUUACCGCACGCUCCGAGGAUGGAGACGGUUCCAACAACAUGACUAUUGCGCUCCUGACUACACUGGCUAUCCUCGUCGUUCUCGCUCUGGUCCUCCUGAGCGCACUCGUCUACCUCCGCAACAUCCGCCGCGCAAGGAAACAAGCCGAGCAAGACGCACAACUGCCCCUCUACGAGAAGCGACAGUCAGGCCGCCGACUCACUAUCACUACUAUGCCCUACGGCAAGGGCCGCGAGUCUGUUGUCGUCUACUCAGAGAAGCAAGACCUAAUGAACAGCGCCGCAAGCUCGCCCACCAGCCCGGUACCCGAGAUCCGCAUCACAUUCCCCGACGAGGUCGAUGAGUCUGGCAAGCGCCAAUGCGGUCGGGUUGUCGUAGUUCGUGUCGGCGAGCACAGCGUUGGGCUAGAGCCUGUUAACGACGACCUGCCCCCUUAUCAGCGCGACGCAUCAGACCGCUUCGACUCGCUGGACCUCGACCGCAUUGGAGGACUGAAAGAGAAGGACGACAAGUACUACGCCUAAGCUCUGCAUCAUUACUGUCAACGCCCGACCGGACUGCAGCAAUGGAUUCGGGACCCCGGGCUACAUUGAGCCACUUGGCUACGACUUAUUUUGAUGACGGCAAAAGGCGCUGAUUGUCAGUUUCUAGCCUAUGCCACGCCCGUCUGGAAGGCAAGGCAUGGCUUUGAGCCACUUGUAAAUUUCUUCGAGUUGACUGGCCCCUGUAUACCCUUCAUGUCUGGCUGUCGCUCUGCUGAGGUUAUGUCCUCGUACAUAACUGUUAUUUCUAAUGUAUGAUAUGCCACUCUCUCGAGCGUCUGUAGUUGUGCAGCAAGAGAGCAAAUACAAAUCUUGACAAGAACGAUCAA